AUGUCGUUUGAACACAAGAACGACGUCAAAGCCACUACUUUACCAGACGAGGAGUCUGACACAUCGAUUGGCCAAGUUCAAGAAAUGGGCUAUGAUGUCGAAGCAGAAAAGAAGGUGUUGAGGAAGUUUGACAAGUUCCUGCUUCCUCCUCUUGCCGUCAUCCUCCUAGUAGCAUACCUGGACAGAUCGAAUCUCGGAAAUGCAAAAGUCUUUGGAUUUGAACAUGGCAUCGGUCUGGUCGGAAACCAAUUCAACACAAUCUCUACACUCUUCUAUCCAUUUUAUGUCCUCUUCGAAGUCCCUUGGACGAUGGCCGUCAAACGUUUUGGCGCGAAUCAUGUUCUUGGUAUUGCUAUGGUCGCUUGGUCGUCCAUAACCCUUGCUACAGGCUUCAUUCAGAAUUACUCGCAAGCCAUCGCUGUCAGGGUGUUGCUCGGAGCAUUCGAGGCUGGAUUGGUGCCAUCGGUAGUAUUCAUCAUCAGUACUAUCUGGGAGAGGGAGAGACAGAGUAAGAGAGUGGCUAUCGUCUACGCUUGCAACUGCCUUUCGGGUGCCUUUGGAGGCCUGAUUGCUGUAAGUCUUGCUUGCUCCGCCAUGAUCGUCUACGGAAAGCUUACACGAUACAGNUACGGCAUCGAGAGUAUGGGCACGCGACACGGUCUCGAGUCCUUCCGAUGGCUAUUCAUUGUCGAAGGCGCCAUAUCGAUUGUCUUGUGUGGUAUCUGCUGGGCUUUGUUGCCUAAGAACGCAGAGACAGCUUGGUUUCUGAACGAGGAAGAGAAAGCCAUCAUGAUUGCGAGGAAACAGCGCAACUCUGUUACUAGAGGCACGGAAGAGUUCUCAUGGUCCCACGUUCGUCUGGCCUUUACGGAUCCGAUCAUCUACAUUGCCUCGGCUAGCUUCUUCUCAGCUUCCAUUGCUCUGUUCGGAUUCGGUACUUUUCUUCCGACCAUCAUCAAGGGUCUUGGGUAUACCUCGCUGCGAGCAAACUACCUAACAAUCCCUGUCUACGUCUUCGCAACCCUCACCCUCAUCACUGCAACAUUCACAUCAGACCGUCUGAAGAAACGAGCAGCUGUUCUGGCCGUCCUCCCCAUUGCACCCAUCAUAGGCUACAUCAUCGCCUGCGGUACAGCCAGCCACGCAGCAGGCUACUUCGCCAUGUUCCUCUGCGGCGGUGGUAUCUAUAGCUACAACUGCUUGAUCCUCACGUGGAUAUCAACCAAUCUCGCUCCCGACUACAAGCGUAGUAUGGCUAUGCCGUUUUUCGUCUCGCUUGCCAAUGUUUCCGGAAUCGUUUCUUCAAAUAUUUAUCCAAGUGUUGAUGGCCCUCGAUACUUGAUGGGUAAUGCUGUCAGUGCUGGUAUGGAGACACUGGCGCUUUGUGGUGUUGUGACUGUGUGGUGGACAUUGAGACGCAGAAACCUGGAGAAGGAAAAGCUGAGAGCGCAAGGUGUGGAGGAUAAUGGCGAGGACGGUGACCAGGGCCUUGAUUUCGUGUACAACCUCUAA